GGCCAACUAAAAUAAUGGGAAUAAAAUAAAGGGGUUGGAUAUUUGCAUUUUGCGGGUGCAGGCCUUCCAUUCCGUCAUCCAUCACCAUACACACUCUGGUUAGAAAAAUGGAGGAUUUAGAGAGAGAAAGGGAGGUUUAAGGGAGAAGGGGGUUUAGGUCUACCAACUGGUGGUUAGAGAUUGGCACUCCAUAACCAAACAUCAUCAAUAACAGCAAAGAAUUAACCAAGUCAAGCAACAGGGAAGGGAAGGGAAGGUAAGGGAAGGGAAGGUAAGGGAAGGGAAUAGCAACAGAUAAACAGCAAAGGAGAAUUGAAGAAAAGAGAAGAAUAGAAGAAGGCCAGUACAGUUUAAUCAUCAUUACUGUUCUUACCAUUGCUGCAAAUCAAUCAAUGUUGUUCAUUCUUUACCCUUAUAUAAUCAAUUAGAGGAAAAGGGGGAAAAGAGCUUUUCUUCUUCUUCUUCUUCUUCUUCUUCUUUAUUUUGCCCUAGUUUUUCAAUUCCAGCAUUUACAAACAAGAAUUGGGAAUUUGGAUCUUUUGUGGGGUUUCGAAAAUAGUAGCAAAAGAAAGGACCCUCUUUUCUAAGGGGAACUUGAUCAGAGAGAAAAUGGGAAAUUGGAAAGGGACUUUGUGUGUGAGUUUCACGUGGGAAUUGAUAAAAAAAAAGGAGUAUAUGAUGGAUGAAUGAGCAGAUUAUGGAGAGAGUGAGGAACUAAUUGGAGAGGUGAUUAUGGUUUUGUACUUUGAGAUUUGAAUAUUUCGAAACUCUACCAUACUAGACACCAGUUUUUUCUUCCUUUUUUCUUUUUUCUCCAUUGUUGAAAAAAAACAACAAAGAAAGAGUUGGGAUUAUUUGUUUCCUUUUGGGGUUUUCUGCAUCUUUACUUUUCCUUCUUGUUCUGUUUUCUGGUUUUUGAAAGAGGAGAAUUUGGAUUACAGUGUUGAAGCUUUGGGAUCUGCUGAUCAAACUGGAUACCACUCGUCAGGCAAUUGGGACUACUUCUGUGGAUCAUUUUAUUGGGAUUCUUGAAACUUAAAUUACAGCAUAUAUAUAUAUAUAGAAAGAGAGAGAGAGAAAUGGGCACAUACAUUCCAAUGGCAGAUGAUCAAAGGGAUGCUGCAACUAUGCUGUAUUUAAGGGACCCUUUGCCCAAUUCUCAGACAGAAACACCUCUGCUACCUGGGAACAUAAUGUACAUGAAUUUCUCGUCUUCUUCGACGCCGUAUUCCGACAUGGAUGUCCAGCCUGUAGCUAAUUCCGAUUCCAAUUCAUCCCGGCAAGUUCUGUUGAGCUUCGGAGGCUCGCGAUCCAUGGACAACCAGGUCGUCGUAGGUGGUCCGAAUCUGCAGGGACAAGGACUAUCCCUUAGUCUUGGGACACAUGUCCCGUCGGUGAUGCAAAUAUCGCCUAUGCAAUACCAGAACGACGAUCCCAACUUCGGCUCAAUGCUGGCGUGUAAUAAUGCCAUGUUCGAGAAUGCGGAUCAUUACAACAGUAAGCAUUCGAGGGAGGAUGAGUAUGUCCUUUCCGGCGGUGUAGGAAGCAGUUCGGACGCAAAUGACGUCCCGAUGUACGGUUCGCAAAGUAUCGCAAGAGCAGUUCCCAAUUCGAAGUAUUUGAAAGCAACCCAAGAGCUGCUCAACGAAGUCGUGAACGUCAGGCAAGCGAUCAAGGAUCAGAAUGCGAGGAAGGAGUCGGGAGAAUCUAUGGACGGCGCUACGGAACCUUCUUCGGCUAAGGCGACGGGGAAUUCAUCGAGUGAGCUUUCAGUUUCCGAGAAACAUGAACAGCAAAAUAAGUUGACGAAGCUUUUAUCGAUGUUAGACGAGGUCGACAGACGGUACCGGCAGUAUUACCAUCAAAUGCAGAUUGUGGUAUGCUCGUUCGAUGUUGUGGCUGGAUCGGGGGCAUCGAAACCGUACACGGCUCUUGCUCUUCAGACAAUUUCACGGCACUUUCGCUGUCUGCGCGACGCUAUAAACGGCCAGAUUCAGACAGCGCGGAAAUCGCUUGGGGAGGAUGAUGCAGCUCUGAAUAAUAAAGGCGUUGGGAUAUCGCGCCUGCGAUUUGUCGAUCAACAACUCAGGCAGCAGAGAGCGCUACAACAGCUCGGCAUGAUGCAACAACACGCGUGGAGACCGCAACGAGGACUUCCUGAGACCUCUGUCUCGAUCUUACGCGCUUGGCUUUUCGAACACUUUCUUCAUCCCUACCCGAAAGAUUCGGACAAGAUCAUGCUGGCUAGACAGACCGGGUUAACGAGAAGUCAGGUCUCGAAUUGGUUCAUAAACGCGCGGGUUCGUCUUUGGAAGCCAAUGGUAGAAGAGAUGUACAAGGAAGAAACAGGGGAUGCUGAUAUGGACUCGAAUUCUUCAUCGGAAACAAUACCGAAAGAAAAAAACACGAAGGCUUCCGAAGAGAAAGGCAACGACUCAACGAUUUCGACGGGGCGACUCUUGGGGUUGAAGCCCGAUCAAAUAUCGAACGUCGAAUUGAUGAAGAUGAUGCAGGCUCAAUCCGAAAAGAAUUUUUCGAUGGGAGAAGAAACGACGAGGGACGGACAAAGACAAAACCCAUUUCCGGAAGGGGUCGUAGAGUCGAGUUCCGGAAACGAUAGGUUCAUGGAAGCUGCGGCGGCGGCGGCAGCCUACCAUAUGUCGGAGGAGCUGGAAAGAUUCGGCAAUGUCGGCGACGGAGUAUCGCUCACAUUAGGAUUGCAGCAGGGUGAGGGCCGCGGGAGCGUGGCCAUGGCCGAGAGCAGCCAUUUCGAACCCCCGAGGGAUUCAGAUAUGUACAACGCGGCAGGUUCGGAUAUAGCCGCUGAGACAGCAGAAUUUGAGUACAUGGAUUCGAGCAAUCAGCCUCACCGAUUCGUUUCGUCGCUGCUACCGUCGUUCUCAUGAUACACCUAAGUUGUCGAAGAUUCAAGGUUGUAGGAGUUGUAUGUAUCUGCAAGGAAGUGUAUGUUUUUUGCAUAAUGUAGAAGAAGGCAGAAAGAGUAUCAUCAUGA